GCGAAAAAGGACUCCUGCAAACAAGAAAGACAAGAAGAAGAAAAAUUGGGCGCGGGCCAUGGCGGACGAAACAUCGUCAGCCUCAUCGGCUUUCUCGCCCCUUUCCGGUGGCUAUUUGCUCAUCGUCCUCAGUGAGCCGCACAGCGAACAGCAUAAACAAGUCCUACUCGAACAUCUCGCCAAAGGUCUGGCCUCGUGGGACGUCGUUGGAACGCAGAUCGAUAUCGAGUCGGAGCUCCGCAACAUAGCGGCACAAUGUCCGCACGGAGAAGAAGUCAGGAACGGAGAAAAGUUGAUCCAGUUGGCUUCCGACUCGCUCGUCACCGAGAUUCUCAUCCAUCCGCAACUCAGCACGCUGAAGCAGUGCAUGCGUAAUCUACUGGCCUCAUUCACGCGCCAUCGACACGUCAUUCACGCCGGCUACACCCUGUCGGGACCCGGAUCCUGGAUUUUACAAGAUGGUACGUACGAGUUCAGCGACUUUAUGAACAUUGUGCGAGAUGCCGAAGUCCAACGGCUCUAUCGAGCUUACGAAUCGAGCAUCACGAUGGACCUCCACUGCGCCGACGAGGGUCAAUGGAGCGCCGAGCAGAUCAAUCAGGAACCGGCCAUCAAAGCGGCCAAGAUAUCCAUCAAUCCAGCCGGUCGAUUGAGUGCCACGGACUCUCAGGGCAUGCAGGACGCCGUCAAUUCUUUUAUCAGAUACAUUUCCGAUGUGCUGCCUUCGGUGACGUUGGAUCAUCUCUUGGAGCCAUCCGACGUCGUUGGCAACAUCCGUUUCAGUCAUCCCACCCUCUACGUCUUCCCGGGCGGACAGGGCGAUUCAGCCCUUUUCGGCAUUAGCGGAUUCAAUAUUCUCGUCGACGGCGGAUUCGGGCGCAAACCCUGCUUCUGGGAUUUCACGCGCCAUUUGGACCGGCUUGACGCUGUAGUGAUGACACGGAUGAAUGCCAGUUCACUGAGCGGCCUGACUGGCGCCAUCUGUCGUAAAGCCUCGAGUCCCGUCUACCCUCAAGUGGGUCACAUCUUUUGCAAUCUGCCCCGUGACAGCGAGAUUGGCCUCGGUGACAUUGAACAACAACUCAAUGCAGCUGACUCGAGCUCCGAAUCGCUCAACGUCAACAUUAACGACCUGUGCCGAGCCAUGUCCGCAGGCCUUGGAGCUUUACAGCUCAAAGCGCAACCCAUUUAUCGAUCGGCCACUUUGGAACCAAUCAAUCUCUACCAUAAGGUGGGACACGGAACGUUGGACAUGUUCAUCAUUAGUCCGAGCGCAAACAGCCCCGAGGUCAAGGAGCUGAUGCGUCUUUGGCGUUCGGGUGAAGUGGCCACGGCUUUGCGAACUGUCAAAAUGGGCGGAAAAGAAUUCAGCCUACCAUUGCUCGAUAUCGUGUCCGUCUGCGCUUUGCUAGUAUGGCAGCCGGCCGAUCCUAACGAGCCCGUCACUCGCCUCUUGUUCCCCGGCAGUGCCCCUCAACACAAGAUCCUCGAAGGUCUUGAAAAAUUCAAGCAACUGGAAUUUCUCAAGUCUCCCGUCUUUAUGGCCAAGGAUGUGGCCGCCCCGCCGUCCGCCGUCAUCACUCCGUCCUCCACGUCCAGCGCGUUCACGAAGAGCCCAGUCAAGGCGAAAACUUCAUCCCCUCGUCACACGCCGAUCGAGCCGGUUGUCGUUAAAGCAGCCCCUGUUCGCAAGGAGGCCAGCAAACCGCCGGCCAAAUCAGCUGAUCAUUCCAGCAGCAACACCAAAGAGGCGGACGUUAAAUCUGCCACGCCCCGUCCUGCUACUAAAAUCAUCAAGUCUGACGUUCUGAGCAGCUCGUCGAGAACGGGCAGCACGGAAUUGCGGGCCAAAAAGCCGGAAGCUAAACCGGCGCCCAUCAAAUCAGCAACGACGACGGCCAAGAAGGACGGCCCGACGGGCUUAUCGAACGGCGAAACUAAUAAAGCCCUGGCACCUAAAAUCAAAAAAGAUGUGGCCAACAUGAAAAUGGUCGAGGCCAGGGUUCACUCGUUCAAGAGCCCCGCCUCUCUGAAACGGGCAGAGGAGAAUAAAACCAAGAAGCCCCUUCCAUCUGCUGAUGCUGAAACGAAAGAAAAGACGGCCGCUCAAAGAAGCCAGAGCCAAUCACGAGAGAAACGAUCGGCUUCCGGCGUUCGAGCCCAGCCAGCAGACGAAGACAAACCGAGAGUCAAACUGGUCAAGAAGAUCGCUCCGUCUACGUCGGAGACGACGCCAGUCAGCCCAGCCAAACCGGCUAAGCCCAUCAAGGCGAAAGCCAAAGAACUGCCUGCUAAACCAAUCGAGCCGAAAGCUCCUGUCACCAAGGACGUUAAGAAAGACAAGCCAACCCCUGCCACUCCCAAACCUAAACCGAUGGCUGCUAAGGAGACGAGCUCUAAGCCGGCCCCUAAGGCAUCGGCACCCUCCCAAACGUCAACUCCUACGCCAUCAGGUAAAGCUGUCAAGAGGCCAGUCAAACCCGCCGCAGCUGCUGCUGCUGCUGCUGCUGCUGUGGGAGCCGCUGCAGCCGUUGUUGCCGUUGCUGCGGCUGUUGCCUCUGAAGAACAGGCCCCAACAGCUGACGAACAACCGGCUGUUGUUGAAGAGAGUUUCAGCGCUGCAGAGGCCCCCCAGGCCGCUAGUUCGCCUAAGGGCGUUGAAGCAACUGGCCAUGAUCAAGUUGUAGAUGAGGCGUCAUUGAUGGAUGCCAUUGAGAGUCAGAUCGUGGAGGAUGUCGAAGCGACCGAAGAGCAAUCUCAUCACGAAUCUGAACAAGAGUCACAGUCUGUCAACUUGGAAGAUGAAGCUGAAACGGAGGACAAAGAGGAAGCUGAAACUGAAGACAAAGAUGAAGAGGUGGCCGAUGGGUCGACUGGAGGCGAAGUUGUCGACGCGGAGGAGGCUGAAGUCAUUGAGAAAGAGGAGGACGCAGAGGCCCAUGACGAGGAUGAGGCCGCAUCUGAGGAGACUGAAGUUGUUGAAGCUGCCGUUGCGGAGGACGUGGCCGAAACGGAAGAGGCUAAAGUGGCCGAAACGGAAGAGGCUAAAGUGGCCGAAACGGAAGAGGCUAAAGUGGCCGAAACGGAAGAGGCUAAAGUGGCCGAAACGGAAGAGGCUAAAGUGGCCGAAACCGAUGGGGCUGAGGUAGCCGAAACGGAAGAGGCUGAGGUGGCCGAAACCGAAGAGGCUGAAGUAGCCGAAACCGAAGAGGCUGAGGUGGCCGAAACCGAAGAGGCUGAGGUGGCCGAAACCGAAGAGGCUGAGGUGGCCGAAACCGAAGAGGCUGAGGUGGCCGAAACCGAAGAGGCUGAAGUGGCCGAAACCGAAGAGGCUGAAGUGGCCGAAACCGAAGAGGCUGAAGUAGCCGAAACCGAAGAGGCUGAAGUGGCCGAAACCGAAGAGGCUGAAGUGGCCGAAACGGAAGAGGCUGAAGUGGCCGAAACGGAAGAACCUGAAGUAGCAGCGGAAGAAGCUGAAGUGGCCGAAGCGGAAGAAGCCGAAGUAGCCGAAACGGUAGAAGCUGAGGUAGCCGAAACGGUAGAGGCCGAAGUAGCGCAGACGCCGCACGAAGAAACGGCCGCAACUCAAGUGAACGAAAAAACACAUGACAAAGAAGAAAUGAUGCGAGAUACGGCAGAAAUUCAACAAACGGAUGAACCGGAAGGCGGAAACGCAGACGAGGAUCUGCAGGAAGCUGACGUCAACGAAAGACAAGCACGUGACGAUGUCGUGCACGUCGAGGUGGCCAGUGAACCAGAAAUCAAAGUUGGUCGAUCGAUUGAUGAUGAAAUCGUGGCGGCGGACGUCGCUCAGAUUGACAGAUCCGACGAUCAAGACGUCAACCUCGAGACGGACGAAUGCCAAGAACCAGUAGAAGAAGAAAGUCAGCUGGCCGUCUCAUCGAAAUCGGUGGACGCUGGCAGACCGUCAGCCUCUCCACAGCCGGUACCAUCCGAAGACGAGACGGCGAGCCGAGAAGUGCAAGUCGAUGACGUGAUCGAUCAAAUAGAGCAAAGUCAGGACGUCCAAUGUGCCCAUCCCACGAGUCAACUAGAAGAAGAAAACAUCAAAGACGAGAUCGAUGAGCCUGAAAAGGAGAAAGAAGAAGAACUUUCAAGCCAAAUCCACCACGAAGAUGUAAGCUCAGAAGCGGUGGAAGAGGAAAUUCAACAAGCCGUUGCUGCUACUCCAAUCGAGGCCAGCAAACCGACGGCAUCCCCACAGCCAGAAAUACUGGACAGUGAUAAAAAGGUAGAAGCCCAGGAGGUCAGUGCGCACGAAGAAGUGCAUACCACUGAAUCUACUCACGAAGAAAGCUCUCUGGACUAUGAAAAGAAAGAUGAAAUUCCAUGCCAAGUGGUCGGCAAUGGCGAUAGUCACGCCCUGGACACUACUGAACAUGUUGAAGAUGCCAUUUCUGGUCAAGUGGACGAUGACGUUCAUCACGAAGAUGUCGACAGCCAUGACAUUGAAAAACGUCAAGUACAUGAACUGACUGUUGAGGCCCAUCAAGAUGAUGCUGUCUCGUCCCUCUCUUCUGCGUCUGAUCUGGAACCAACACCAGUACUGGAUCGAUCCGGUGCUAGUCUCUAUGAGGAAGAACAACAUUUGUCUUCUAUGGAAUCCCAACCGGAAUCCCAUCAAUUCACACAGAAAAGCGCCCCACAGAUGGUGGAAGAAACCCCGAAAGAUUCAAAACAGACGGCCAAAUCGCCCGUCGUUCAAGAUGAACCUGUUGAGGAAGUCGAAGAAGAAUUUAAAGCCGAAAUUGUCGUCAGACCCGUCCCUGUCGUUGAUCCGUCAGAUUUGGAUGACGUUGUAGCUCCACAGCAGCCGACGCCAACGCCACCUGUGGUGAAAUCUCCAGUUAAAGAGAUUCCUUCUGCUCUCGUCUUGGAUCAAGAAGAAGAUGAAGGCGAAGAGGUGGAAGAAGAAUUUUUCCAAAAGGAAGUCAAGGCUAAAGACUGUGCCGUGCCCAUCACUCCUACGGAAGAAGGUCACGCGUUUGGCUACAGCGAGCCCCAACGACAAAGCGAGGAUCGACAGCUAUCAUCUAGCAUUCCCACCAGCUCGGAUGCGACUGGCAAGCAAGAAGAAUCAACAACCGAUGGUGCCGUUUCACUCUCACGUGCCAAAGAGGCUCAAGCGGAUGAAUUCCGGGCCACCAUCGACAAUCAAUACGCCGGCUUUAUGAAUGUGGAAACCAGCUUCAAAGAUGCUGAUGAGAAGCCAAAAGCAAAGACUCCUGAGGAGAAAUGUUUGACUGAGACGGUGGCUGAACAACCUAAGCAAGUGGAAGACAAACCUUUGGCUGAACAGAAAUUGCCUGAAGAAAAACCAGCUUCUUCGAUUGACCUGAAGGAAGACCAUUUUGUUGCUGUCGAAGAAAAGAAACAAGAACAGGUUGUUGCCACAAAAUCUACUUCCAAUAUUGAAUCUGUUGGAAAAGCAGACGAAACUCACGAGGAAGUCGUCGAAGAGGUCGUGUGCAAAGCCGUGGACAAUAAAUCCGUCAAGGCGGAAAAAUAUGAAGAAUCUAACGUCAAGGAGAUCAUCAAAUCCGAGAUGAAAUCCAUGGACGAAUCUGAAAUUCUAAAGAACGUCGAAGAUUUGAUUACCGAAAAAGUUGACAUCCCCUCCACUCACGAUAAACCUGUUAAAGUUUCAGACGAACCAGAAGAAGUAUGUGAACACUUCGAUGAAAGAUCCCAAGCUCUUGACAUCGAAUCAACACCACCUACAAAAGAAAUCGAAUCUUCCAAGAGCCAGGAAACUUUUGUUGUCGAAGAUGUCAAAAGUUUCGUUGAAGAUGUUCACGCUUUAGUCGAAGAGAUUCAACUACCCAAAAUGGAAGUCAAGUCGGUGGAAUCGGAGAAGAAGGAAGUCCUUCUGGAAGAGCUCAAGGUAGAGAAACCCACAAUUGCAGCCAACAUCGAACUCACCCCAACAGACGACGUCCAAACAGACGAUUUGAAGGAUUUUGCCAAAGAUGUUGUGGUCGAAAGUCUAGACAUCAAGUCAACAAAAUCCGAAUCAACAACUCCAGAAAAAGAACAAAUUUCUCAAGUUACUGAAGAAGUUAGUGCUUUCAAAGUAGCAGACAUCUUGGAGAAAGUAAAAAGCCCUGUAGAAGAAAUGUUUAAGAAAGUCAGUGCUGUCGCCGUUUCGAAAUUCACAGAAAAAUGCGACGCUGAAGCCAUUUCUGAGAAGGCUGUCGAACUACCGAAGGUUGACGAAAAAGAACAGAACAUCGUGGAAGAGAUCAUCGAAAAGACCAGCGUUCUCGAAGUAUCCAAAACCCCUGAGAAAGUGGAAAAUAUCGUCGAAGACGUUGUUGAAAAGGCUAGCGCCAUCAGCGUAUCCGUCGACGCAUCUAAAGUCGCAGAGAAAGGCGUCGUCGAAGAAAUCGUUGAGAAGGUCGUUGACCUACCGAAAAUGGCGGAAAGCCUCGUCGAAGAUAUUGUGGAAAAGGCCAAUUCUGUCCAAGUUGCGAAAACUCCUGAGAAAGAAGUAAACCUCGUGAAAGAAACGAUUGAAACAGCUACACCGAAAUCCUGUGAAAGCACUGCCGACGAGACUGAAUCUUUCAGCAAAGUCGCAGAAAAGCUGGACGAUAUCGAAUCUAUCGUGUUUGAAAAAUACGAGAAACACGGAAAGACAGACAAAGAUAACAUGUCUACCAUCGACGAACCCAUUCAACACGCAACUGCUGAAACUGCUGUUUUCUCAGCGGAAGGGAAGUCCCAGCGAUCUUCGACAUCCGAGGCAACUCCACUGGAGCUCGAACCCGAAAUUUCCGAGAGGAAAUUAUCUGAUAUUUCUGCAUCAUCAUUCGGACAACUGGAAAAAGAGGAGGCUGUCGAAGAAACUCUUUUGAAAACUGAAGCUAAUGUGACAUUGGCUGGUAAAUCCACCAAAGAAGAGGUUGUCGUCGAUCCUACAUUCGUUGCUCCUCUUACAGCCAGCUCUCCCAUCGAUGGGCCUGAACUUCUAAAGGAAUUAUCGUUCCCACUUGGAUUGGUCGCAAAAGCUAACGUACUAAUCAAAGAUAAACUGGAACAAGUUGGUGAAUUCAUUAAAGAAAUCAAGGAUACGUCUGUUGAAUUAGCGUCAAAAUCAAACGAAACCAAACCAACAGAAGUCAAAGAAAUCAAGGAUACGUCUGUUGAAUUAGCGUCAAAAUGCCAGACGGACGACUCAAACGAAACCAAACCAACAGAAGUCAAAGAAAUCAAGGAUACGUCUGUUGAAUUAGCGUCAAAAUGCCAGACGGACGACUCAAACGAAACCAAACCAACAGAAGUCAAAGAAAUCAUUCAAGAUUCCAAAGACGUGUCCGUUGAACUGACGUCGAAAUGCCAAACUGAUUUCACCCACGACACCAAGACGGAGGUCAAAGAAAUCAUUCAAGAUGUGAAAGUUACGUCAGUUGAAUCAACAUCAAAAUCUGAAGUCGAAUCCUCAUGCGAAAUCAAAACCGAAGAGGUUAAAGAAAUCAUCCAGAAUGUCAAAGAUCUAUCCAUCGAAUUGACAUCGAAAUCAACCGUCGAAUCCUCGUACGAAACCAAAACUGAAGAGGUUAAAGAAACCAUCCAAAUUACCAAAGAUGUUUCAGUUGAAUGUGCUUUGAAGUCUGAAACAGAAGUUAAAGAAACUGUGCAAAUUACCAAAGAUGUUUCAGUUGAAUCUGCUUCGAAAUCUGAAACAGAAGUUAAAGAAACUGUGCAAAUCACCAAAGAUGUCUCCGUUGACUUGGCGUCGAAAUCGGAUCUAGAAGUUAAAGAAACCGUUCAAAUUACGAAAGAUGUCUCCAUUGAAUUGGCGUCGAAAUCUGAUGUAGAUGUUAAAGAAACCGUUCAAAUUACCAAAGAAGUCUCCGUUGAAUUGACAUCGAAAUCUGACAUCGACCUCUCUCACAAAACAACGGUGGAAGAGGUCACCGAAAUCAUUCAGGAAAUUGAAUGUGUUACACUUCAAUUGGCAGAAAAAUCUGAAAGUGACUGCUCUUUCACAAGUAAAAUGGUGGAAGUCAAAGAAGAAAUUCAGGAGAUCAAAAAAACAUCAAUUGAAUUGGCAUCAGAAUCAAAAAUGGAAGUCUCAAAUGAAAUUCAAGAGGAGGUCAAAGAAAUCAUUCAAGAUGUCAAAAAGGCAGCUGUUGAAUUGUCUUCAAAGUCUGAAGUUGACUGCGCACCCAAGAGCAAAGUAGAAGAGAUCUGUGAAACGAUUCAAGAGGUCAGAGAAUUAACAUCAACGAUGUCAACAAUGCCUGAAAAAUUGGAAGCCAAACCUGACACACACGUGGAAGUGAAAACCGUUCAUACAGAACCAGAAGUCAUUCCACAGGCUACAUUCCAGCUCAAGUGUGAUCCACUGGCCAACUUGCCCGUAGUCGAAUUGGCUGCACCGUCCAAAACUGUCAGCGAGGAACUGGAAAAGCCCAAAAGUUCUGAUUUAGCAAAAUUAGAGAUUGUCGAAAAGACAGAACAGCUGAAACCUGAUGUUAUGGAUUACGCCACCGUCUCUGGUUCAUCGUCCACUUCUGUUACUCCAAAGACACCGCUUUCACCCAAUCUUGCCCGUCGUGAGGUAGUUGAAUCUAAAGUGAGCCCAAGCGUCCAGAUGGCUGCCACUUUGGAAUCGUUUGCAGCACCACCAACUCGUUUCGAAGACGAAAUCUCGAGCCAACCAUCCAGCUUGGAUUCCGUAGAAGUCCAUUCCACGUCCUCUGCCACCUGGGCUGCCACUGAAAAACACCAGGAAGAGGAUGAAGAUGUCGGAUCGUUGUCACUGACACCUACCAUCAAUUAUUUAGCAGCCGGCUACGAAGGUGUCAACAUCAGUACGUCGAGCAAGUUGUCGACGAUUGCGUCAUCUGACGGCGAAGCAGAAGCAGCGCAACCUCUCAGCCUGGACAGCAACUGGUCAUCUAAGACAUUCGACAAAUUGACAUCAGCUGCUAAUUCAUCUACCCUUCAUCGUCCCGAAGAAUCGGCUUUCUCAAGCGGUCCGUCCAGCUGGGACGAAAGGGAACCUAACACCAGGCCGUACUGCGUUGUGUCUGAAUCGAUAAGUGACCGUUCGGCCACAAGUUCCAUCAUUUCCCACGUUACCGAUGAUGAUUAUCCAAUUGAAAAACAUGAUCGACCUUCUUUAGAUAGCCAUUUGGAACCUCGUACAUCAAGCGAAUUGAGCAGCAAGAAAGAGUUGGGCGUGUUGCCCGCCAGCCCUGUACCGUCCUCUCCUUUCAGCACUGAUCGCUGCAGCAGCCACGGAGAUUUUGAAGCCAACAAGGAUUCACUGUCCAGCAUCCAGACUUCAGAAUCAUCCGACUUUCAUUUGGAAACCAAAGUGGAUGACUCGCAUUCGGCCAUUUCCAGCACGCGUUCAGACUAUUCAGAUGACCGUUCAGGCAGCAGCAUCGACCCAUCACUUUUACAGCAACAGCGGCUCGAACAGAGAUCGUUGACACCACGCAGCGACAUCAGCUGCUCUUCGGAUGCUACUGAUCCCAUCACGACUGCCCAUACAAUCACGACCGAGCUGAUCCAGCCCGGCCAACAACAGACCUCGGUCGAAAUGAAGGCCAGUAGCAAAGCUGAGUUGGCUGACCCUAAACUAGCGCCACAUAAUAUCUGGCUGAAAGAGAAAGACACAGCUUCAUCUCCUAAUCCAUUCACGGAUCAAUACGUCGAUGACGAUACUGAUCAUCCAGUAACCGUGGAACACGCUUCCUCGGCCCUCUAUUAUCCCCAACAAAAACAACAGCCACAUCAGCAACAACAUCUGUCCGAUUUUGAAUCCGACCGCCAUUCCGAUUCGCAGUCAUCGUCCGUUCCGGUAGCCGAGUAUACGGAUGAGUAUUACGCUCAGCAUUUGGAAUUUGUUGAAGCGUCUCACAAGUCUUCACAACCACACACGGAUGAGGUUUCUGACCAGGAAGCCUAUCUCUACGAAUCCGAGCACGAUGAUCACGACCAGCACUACCAUCCGUACGCGACCAAGUACAGUGAUUCAUACGACGAGGCUGAUCUCUACCCAACUGAGGAAGCCAUUAAUGACGAUUACCGCCACGUGGGGGAUCACCAGAAUGGCAACGCGUAUCAUUACUACGAAGGCAGUGAACAAGAUUCGAUUGAAGCCAACGUUGUUGGCCAUCCGCCCCAUCAGUACGAAGAUCAGAAUCGCAACGAUCGCACCCCAACCAGAGACGUCCAGCAUUCGUACGUGGCUGCCGAUGUGUACGACACAGAGCCAGCAGUGCACAGUCCAACCAGCAGACAAUCGGAUGUCGCAGCGCCGAUGACAGCAUCUUCUUCACGGGACGAGCGAGUAGUUCCACAAGCUUCUCCUCUGCCCAGUCCACAACCUCAGCAGUCGCCACAAAGCACUCAGCAACAGCACGAAGACACAUUGGCUUCGUGGGGCAAACCUUUGGGUCUACCAGCUCCGGUAGCGCCCGUUGUCUUUUCCAGCAACGGUACUAACGGCUCCCCGCUCAAGCGCCCAACAACUGCUAGCAACAAUGCCAAUAAGUCUGCCGAGAAAGCAACCAACGGCACCAACGCAAUGAUGGGAGCAGCUCCUUUCUACGUCGAUCUGGCUUACAUUCCUCAUCACAGUGAUCCUCGAUACUCGGAUGUCGACUUCUUCCGGCGCGUCCGCGCUCGCCACUACGUCCUCAGCACCCUGGAGCCGUCCGCUCAAGUUCUCGACGCUCUGCUGGAGGGCAAACAAUCGUGGACUGGAGAUGACAAAGAUUUAGAUGUCACCAUCAUUCCUACUUACGAUUCCGACGCGCUGGCUGUCUGGGUGAGCGCCAACGAAGACUUACUGGCUCGCAACCGCAUCGAUUUGGCACCGUCAGCCUCCCGCUGCACGAUCAAUCUACAGGAUCAUGAAACUUCUUGCUCGGCCUAUCGGCUCGAAUUUUAAGACGUCAAUCAUAUAUAUUCUCCCUGUUGUUUUCUAUUAAGAUAAGAAACAGAAAGGCUCCAUCCUGCGUUUCCGUGAAGACGUACGUCAGUAAGUGAUUGAAAAACAGAAAAAAAAAAAAAAAAAAAAAAAAAAAUAUGAGGGACACCCUGACGUGGUAGACUUUCCUUCCACAUUAUUUACGUAGUAGGCCGAACAAAAAAAAAAGAAAAGAAAAAAAUUCCUCCCUUAAUUUAUAUUUAUACUUUUCGGCAUCAUUUUCUUUCCGAUAACCAUCGCGCCCUCUUUCAUAGAGCAGCAGCCUCCUCCGAUUUUUGCUGUGAUUUUUUUCUCGAAUAUAGAUAUUUGCCUGCCUCUUGUAUCACUUUCAAGAAACCUUAUUAGUAGCUGUUAGGCUUGUUAUUUGAAUUGCAAUCCAUUUUUCUCCCCUUUUCUUAUUAUAUUUUCGAAAAGCGGAGACGAGAAGAAAAUAUUGUCAAGGCCAAUGUACGGGUAAAUAUCAUAGAGGUAAGCGCAAGCGUAUAGCGAGCUAAAAGAAAAAGAAGUUUGCAACUUGCGAGGUGACUUGCUCACUCACUGGGCAUAUUGAAAUAACCGAAGCAUUUUUUGGUUUUCCUUUCAAGGAUGAGCAGUGAAAAUCGAACGAAAUCAAAGGACUUUUUUUUUUUCGAAAUUUUCUUUUGUGCAGCAAAUUUUAUUUUCUAUUUUAUUUGUCAUUCUUGGCUCAUCUUUUCACACAGACGCUUACAGAAUUCGAAAGUGCUAUCCACAAUUUGCCCAGGACGUCCGAGCUAUGCGGAGUAACUACGUGGCGGGGGAUUCAAAAACCACAGUAGAAAACCCCACCCCAUCUAAAGUCGAUUGAUAUUCGCAAAAAAUGUGAUACACCUCGUAAAAAGAUGGUACGAUGACGACGAAAUUACGAGACAAAGGAGCUGAAAAUUGAACGGGAUUGUCCAUUUACCCUCCCAUAUCUGGCAACUAUUAACAAUCAAACCAUACCUAGAGCACAGCAGGAUUUUGUCGAGGAUUUCUUCUCUUUAUAGUUUACCCCCUCUCAUUUUUCCUUUGUUUCAUGCGAAAAACAAAACUAAUCCUUGACACAACAGGGCGAGAAUUGCAGCCUCCGAUGUGAUAAACUAAAAAAAAAGAAGCUCGUAGAUUAUCUGGUGAUGGAAGCAGCUGCGAAUUUGAUGCCGACACUGAUAGCCAACGCCGAUUCCUGGCAACAUUACGUAGAGAUGCGCAUGGAAUUGUUUGAUUUGUUGAAUUUUCACUUAUGAUUUGCAAGAGGCUGAAACGGCACACACAGAAACUGAGAUAAGGAGACAAUGAGUGAAAUGCGGCGAGAAAUGUGAGACACCCAAGUGCAGCUUUUUCGUGAUUCAUGCGUGCGAUAUGAAUAAUGUUCACGAACUUAAACCAACCCGAACCGAGAGGAAAAAGAGAGACCCUUUUUUCAAGCGAAAAACGUUCCCUCCUACCACAUCCCCCCCUCCUACACCGAACUCUUCUACAUCCAAAAAGAAACAGAACAAGCAAACAAAAACAAA